AUGUCGGCCAAGGUGCGGCUCAAGAAGCUGGAGCAGCUGCUCCUGGACGGGCCUUGGCGCAACGAGAGCGCCCUGAGCGUGGAGACGCUGCUCGACGUGCUCGUCUGCCUGUACACCGAGUGCAGCCACUCGGCCCUGCGCCGCGACAAGUACGUGGCCGAGUUCCUCGAGUGGGCGAAACCAUUUACACAACUGGUGAAGGAAAUGCAGCUACAUCGAGAAGACUUUGAGAUCAUUAAAGUGAUUGGAAGAGGUGCUUUUGGUGAGGUUGCUGUUGUUAAAAUGAAGAACACUGAGCGAAUAUACGCCAUGAAGAUCCUCAACAAGUGGGAGAUGCUGAAAAGAGCAGAGACGGCCUGUUUCCGGGAGGAGCGUGACGUGCUGGUGAAUGGGGACUGUCAGUGGAUCACCACGCUGCACUACGCCUUCCAGGAUGAGAACUACCUGUACUUGGUCAUGGAUUACUACGUAGGUGGCGAUUUACUGACCCUGCUCAGUAAAUUUGAGGACAAACUUCCAGAAGAUAUGGCAAGAUUCUACAUUGGUGAAAUGGUGUUGGCCAUUGAUUCCAUCCAUCAGCUUCAUUACGUGCACAGAGACAUUAAACCUGACAAUGUCCUUUUGGAUGUAAAUGGUCAUAUCCGCCUGGCUGACUUUGGAUCCUGUUUGAAGAUGAAUGACGAUGGAACUGUGCAGUCCUCCGUGGCCGUGGGCACCCCAGACUACAUCUCCCCAGAGAUCCUGCAGGCAAUGGAGGACGGCAUGGGCAAGUACGGCCCCGAGUGCGACUGGUGGUCUCUGGGCGUCUGCAUGUACGAGAUGCUGUAUGGAGAGACCCCGUUCUACGCUGAGUCCCUUGUGGAGACCUAUGGGAAGAUCAUGAACCAUGAAGAGCGGUUUCAGUUCCCUUCCCACGUCACAGACGUGUCCGAGGAGGCCAAAGACCUCAUCCAGAGGCUGAUCUGCAGCCGGGAGCGUCGGCUGGGGCAGAACGGGGUGGAGGACUUCAAGAAACACGCCUUCUUCCAAGGGCUGAACUGGGAGAACAUCCGGAACCUGGAGGCGCCCUACAUUCCGGACGUGAGCAGUCCUUCCGACACGUCCAACUUCGACGUGGACGACGACGUGCUAAGGAACAUUGAAGUGUUACCUCCGGGUUCUCACACGGGCUUCUCUGGAUUGCACUUGCCGUUCAUCGGGUUCACAUUCACCACGGAAAGCUGCUUCUCUGACCGGGGCUCUCUGAAGAGCAUCCUGCAGUCCAGCACACUGACCAGAGAUGAGGGCGUGCAGCGCGAUCUGGAGGCCAGCCUGCAGGUGGAGGCUUACGAGAGGCGCAUCCGGAGGCUGGAGCAGGAGAGGCUGGAGCUGAGCCGGAAGCUGCAGGAGUCCACACAGACUGUCCAGUCCCUCCACGGCUCAGCCCGGGCCCUGGGCGGCGCAACCCGGGACAAAGAGAUCAAAAGGCUGAAUGAAGAGAUCGAACGCUUGAAGAAUAAGAUAGCAGAUUCCAGCAGGCUGGAGCGGCAGCUUGAGGACACGGUGACUCUCCGCCAGGAGCACGAGGACUCCGCGCAGCGGCUGAAGGGCCUGGAGAAGCAGUACCGCGUGGUGCGGCAGGAGAAGGAGGACCUCCAUAAGCAACUGAUCGAGGCUUCCGAGCGGUUGAAGUCCCAGGCCCGGGAGCUGAAAGAUGCCCACCAGCAGCGGAAGCUGGCCCUGCAGGAGUUCUCGGAGCUCAACGAGCGCAUGGCCGAGCUGCGCUCCCAGAAGCAGAAGGUGUCGCGGCAGCUGCGGGACCGGGAGGAGGAGGUGGAGGCAGCCAUGCAGAAGAUUGACGCGCUGCGGCAGGACGUCCGCAGGGCCGACAAGGGCCGGAAGGAGCUGGAGGCGCAGCUGGAGGAUGCGGUGGCCGAGGCCUCCAAGGAGCGCAAGCUGCGGGAGCACAGCGAGAAAUUCUCCAAGCAAGUGGAGGGCGAGCUCGAGGCCCUCAAGAUGAGGCAGGGGGGCCGCGGGCCAGGUGCUGCCCUAGAACAUCAGCAGGAGGUUUCCAAGAUAAAAUCUGAGCUCGAGAAGAAGGUCCUGUUUUAUGAAGAGGAGCUGGUGAGACGCGAGGCCUCCCACGUGCUGGAGGUGAAGAACGUGAAGAAGGAGGUGCACGACUCCGAGAGCCAGCAGCUGGCCCUGCAGAAGGAGGUGAUGGUGCUGAAGGACAAGCUGGAGAAGUCCAGGCGAGAGCGGCACAGCGAAAUGGAGGAGGCCGUGGGCACCGUCAGGGACAAGUAUGAGCGGGAGAGGGCGAUGCUGUUUGAGGAGAACAAGAAGUUAACUGCCGAGAACGAGAAGCUGUGCUCCUUUGUGGAUAAGCUCACGGCUCAGAAUAGGCAGCUGGAGGACGAGCUGCAGGAUCUGGCAGCCAAGAAGGAGUCGGUCGCCCACUGGGAGGCGCAGAUCGCGGAAAUCAUCCAGUGGGUCAGCGAUGAGAAGGACGCCCGGGGCUACCUGCAGGCCCUGGCCUCUAAGAUGACCGAAGAGCUCGAGACGCUGCGGAGCUCCAGUCUGGGGUCAAGAACACUGGACCCCCUCUGGAAAGUUCGCCGCAGUCAAAAGCUGGACAUGUCUGCGCGGCUGGAGCUGCAGUCGGCGCUGGAGGCGGAGAUCCGGGCCAAGCAGCUCGUGCAGGAGGAGCUGAGGAAGCUCAAGGACGCGAACCUCUCCUUUGAAAGCAAACUAAAGGAUUCUGAAGCCAAAAACAGAGAACUACUAGAAGAAAUGGAAAUUUUGAAGAAGAAGAUGGAAGAAAAGUUUAGAGCAGAUACUGGACUCAAACUUCCAGAUUUUCAGGAUUCUAUCUUUGAGUAUUUCAACACUGCACCUCUUGCACAUGAUCUGACAUUUAGAACCAGCUCCACUAGUGAGCAAGAAACACAAGCUCCAAAGCCAGAGGUGUCCUUAGCGGUUUCUGUGACCACAGGCGCAGAGCCGCAGGAGGACAUGGCCCGGGCCCCUCAGAGGCUGCCCGCCACACCGCUGCCCACCGCACAGACCCUCACUCUGACAGGACCAAAGCCAAAGGCGCACCAGCUGAGCAUCAAGUCCUUCUCCAGCCCCACGCAGUGCAGCCACUGCACCUCCCUGAUGGUGGGCCUGAUCCGCCAGGGCUAUGCCUGCGACGUGUGCUCGUUCGCCUGCCACGUGUCCUGCAGAGACCGCGCCCCCCAGGUGUGCCCCAUCCCACCCGAGCAGUCCAAGCGGCCUCUGGGUGUGGACGUGCAGAGAGGCAUAGGAACAGCCUACAAGGGCUACGUGAAGAUCCCCAAGCCAAGCGGGGUGAAGAAGGGGUGGCAGCGAGCCUUCGCGGUGGUCUGUGACUGCAGGCUCUUCCUGUACGACCUGCCUGAGGGCAAGUCCACCCAGCCCGGCGUCCUGGCCGGCCAAGUCCUGGACCUCAGAGAUGAAGAGUUCUCUGUGAGCUCCGUCCUGGCUUCAGACGUCAUACACGCCUCACGCCGAGAUAUUCCAUGUAUAUUCAGGGUGACGGCCUCUCUCUUAGGUGCCCCUUCUAAGACCAGCUCGCUGCUCAUCCUGACGGAGAAUGAGAACGAGAAGCGGAAGUGGGUGGGCAUCUUGGAGGGCCUACAGGCCAUCCUCCAGAAGAACCGCCUGCAGAACCAGGCGGUGCACGUCCCCCAGGAGGCCUACGACAGCUCCCUGCCCCUCAUCAAGGCCGUGCUCACGGCCGCCAUCCUGGACGGGGACCGAAUCGCCAUUGGCCUUGAGGAAGGGCUCUACGUCAUAGAGGUGACCCGGGAUGUGAUUGUCCGUGUGGCUGACUACAAGAAGGUGUACCAGAUCGAGCUCGCCCCCAAAGAGAGAGUCGCCGUCCUCCUGUGCGGCCGGAACCACCACGUCCACCUCUGUCCGUGGUCCUCCUUCGAUGGGGCAGAGAGCAACGUGGACAUCAAGCUUCCAGAGACAAAAGGCUGCCAGCUCAUAGCGACCGGGACGCUGAAGAAGAGCAGCCCCACCUGCCUGUUCGUGGCAGUGAAGCGGCUGGUCCUUUGCUAUGAGAUCCAGAGAACUAAGCCUUUCCACAGGAAGCUCAGCGAGCUUGUGGCCCCUGGCAAUGUACAGUGGAUGGCCGUGCUCAAGGACAAGCUCUGUGUUGGCUACCCUUCCGGGUUCUCUCUGUUGAGCACCCAGGGAGAUGGGCAGGCUCUAAACCUGGUAAAUCCCAAUGACCCCUCGCUCACGUUCCUCUCACAACAGUCUUUUGAUGCCCUUUGUGCUGUGGAGCUCAAAAGUGAGGAGUACCUGCUUUGCUUCAGCCACAUGGGACUGUACGUGGACCCACAAGGUCGGAGGUCACGCGCUCAGGAGCUCAUGUGGCCUGCGGCGCCCGUUGCCUGUAGUUGCAGCCCCACGCACGUCACGGUGUACAGCGAGUAUGGCGUGGACGUCUUCGACGUGCGCACUAUGGAGUGGGUGCAGACGGUCGGCUUGCGCAGGAUCCGGCCCCUGAACUUGGAAGGCAGCCUCAACCUCCUCAACUGCGAGCCUCCCCGCCUGAUCUAUUUCAAGAGCAAGGCCUCAGGAACAGUGCUCAACGUGCCCGACACCUCGGACAACAGCCGGAAGCAGAUGCUUCGGACCCGGAGCAAGAGGCGCUUUGUCUUCAAGGUCCCGGAGGAGGAGCGGCUGCAGCAGCGGAGAGAGAUGCUCAGAGACCCGGAGCUGCGGUCCAAGAUGAUCUCCAACCCCACCAACUUCAACCACGUGGCCCACAUGGGCCCGGGCGACGGCAUGCAGGUGCUCAUGGACCUGCCUCUGAGCGCCGUGCCCCCCACACAGGAGGAGAGGCCGGGCCUGGCCCCCGCCAACCUAUCCCGCCCGCCUCCGCCCAGGAACAAGCCCUACGUCUCCUGGCCCUCGUCAGGGGGAUCUGAACCUGGAGUGUCUAUGCCGCUAAGGAGUAUGUCUGACCCUGACCAGGACUUUGACAAAGAGCCCGAUUCAGAUUCCACCAAACACUCGACUCCAUCCAACAGCUCCAACCCCAGCGGCCCACCAAGCCCCAACUCCCCCCACAGGAGCCAGCUGCCCCUCGAAGGCCUGGAGCAGCCAUCCUGCGAUGCCUGA